CACACUGCCGGACUCAGCAAAUGCAAAAGCAAACGGAUUAUUCUUCUUCCAAUGCUAAACAAAUAAUUAGUCCGUUAAACUCGUACUGAUUUCAAUGGUUUCUUUAUCCCACAGAUUCAGGCCGCCAUCAUCGAUAACAACUAUGAACUCCAACGCGAAGAAACCGGAAGAUCGGUCUCCUCACCUUUCUCUCUCUUCCUAUUUCCAAUCCCACCCCUAAAAGAUCUCUCCUUUCUGCCGAUAUUGAAUCCAUACAAAUCGAUAGACAGAUAUAUAUUGAUUAAAGUGGAUGGGGGGAAAAAUGGAGGUGAUUUUGGGGAAUUGAUUGGAUAUUGAGAUUCUAAAAAACUGGGGUUUCUGUUUGAGGAGGAGAGGGAGUUUUAGAGAGAGAGAGAGAGAGAGAGAGAGAGAGAGAGAGAGAGAGAGAGAGAAAGAGUGGGGGAGGGGAGGAGAUGAAGGAGCUGUUGGGGAGCCCAGGGACGGUGAGUGGGCUGACUUUGAGGAUCGGGCAGUGUUUAUUUGCUGGUGCUUCAAUCGGAGUUAUGGUCUCUGCUUUGGGUUUCUCUAGCUACACUGCUUUCUGCUAUUUGAUCGCAUCAAUGGGGCUUCAGGUAUUGUGGAGCUUUGGGCUUGCAUGUCUUGAUGUCUAUGCUUUGAGGAUUAAGAGAGACCUUCAUAAUCCGGUCCUAGUGAGCCUGUUUGUUGUAGGCGAUUGGGUGACUGCUACUUUAUCGCUUGCUGCCGCAUGUUCAUCAGCCGGAAUCGCAGUUUUAUAUGCAAGGGACCUGAAUUUCUGCAAGGUUCAAACGCAUCUCCCUUGCAACAGAUUCCAGCUCUCUGUAGCCUUGGCUUUUGUCACUUGGUUCCUUAUUGCCAUAUCUUCUCAUGUUAUGUUUUGGAUCUUAGCCUCUGUCUGAAUAACUCAUCUCUCUCUCUCUCUCUCUCUCUCUCUCUCUCUUUUGGGUUUCACAUGUAAACGUUAUUGGUCUAGUUCCAAUAUUGCAGUUUCAUUUUUUUUUUUUCCGCCCUUUUCAACUGCAAUAGGUUUUUUGUGUGCUUUUAUAGCUUCCUAUUGCUGGCAUGGCUGAAAAUCCAGUUUAUGCGGUUGUGAGUUGUAAAAGGCGAAAGAAUAGUUCGCUCUGUGCUCAUCACGCGGCUCUGUUUCUUAUUUCUCACUGACCCGAUGGAGCUGAAUAACAUAUCCUGUAAUUUAUAUGCAAGUGAGGUGUUAUUUUUUCA